GGGGCUGCUGGACACUCCUAUAAGCCUCGGGCUGUCUGACGGUCCAGCACAGCUGCUGCGGAGUCCUUGCCCGCACCUGGCUGGCCCGGGCGGGCGGUGAUGGAAGGCCUGGUCCGCUUGCUGCUGUGCCUCAGCUCUGGGGGUGCCAUUCUCUGCUCCUCGAGCUCCGAGUCUCCGGUGCCUUCCCUCACACCCCCGCCUCUGCCGCCUCCCGUCCUCAGUCUCGAGAGGACCGGUGUCGUCUCCCAGAGUGGCACUCAGGAGCCCGCAGCUUCCCAUGGCCUUUCCGAUGGUCAGUGGCAGUUUUCCACCUGCGGAGCUAGCGGCAGGCGCGGCCCCACGCAGGCGCAGUGCGACGGGGCGUACGCGGGAGGCAACGUGGCGGUGACCGUGGGAGCUGAGGGCUCCCUGCGGGGAGUGCAGCUCUGGAAGGUGCCGGCUCCCGCCCGUUAUCUGAUCUCUGCUUACGGGGCCGCCGGAGGCAAAGGAGCCAAGAAUCACAACUCUCGGGCCCACGGGGUCUUCGUCUCGUCUAUCUUUACCUUGCACCAAGGGGAGCUGCUCUACAUCCUGGUGGGGCAGCAGGGAGGGGAUGCCUGUCCCGGAGGGAGCCCGGAGAGCCAAGACGUUUGCCUCGGGGCGUCUACAGCAGCGGAGGAAGAAGAGAAGGCGGCUGGAACCCCAGCAUCCCUGGGUCGCAGGCGCUGGGCUGGAGGGGGCGGGGGCGGGGGGGGCGCCUCUUACGUCUUUCGGCGGCUGCAGUCGGGGGAACUGGAGCCUCUGUUGGUGGCUGCGGGCGGCGGGGGCCGAGCCUACCUGAGAAGGCGACAGAGAGGCCCUCCGGCCCCGACCUGGGAGAAGCUGGAGAACCGGACCUCUGCGCCCGGGAGUGGCGGGAGGGGCGGGGCCGCAGGUGGAGGAGGCGGAUGGAGCUCGGGAGCUCCCUCGGCGCAGGGCGGUCACUGUCUGCUGGAGGGAGCGGAGGGUGGCCAGGGCUGUCCGGAAGCCUGGGCUGCGCUCCGCUGGGCGCCGACUGGCGGCUUUGGGGGCGGGGGCGGACCCUGCACCGCGGGAGGCGGCGGCGGCGGCUACCGGGGGGGUGAUACUUCAGAGACAGAUGAUCUCUGGACAGAUGGAGAGGAUGGUGUUUCCUUUGUACAUCCCAGCAGUGAGCUCUACCUGCACCCUUUGCAAGUCACGGAGAACCACGGCGAGGUGGACAUCCGGCUGCACCUCAACUGCAGUCACUGUCCCUUGAAAGAAUGCCACUGGAAGGCUGAGCUGCGGGCGGCUGUGUGCCUGUGCCCUGACGGCACCGCCUUGGUCGGGGAUAACGUUACUUGCACAGAACUGCCCUCCCCCCUGAGCCCUCUGGUUCUGACCAUGGUAGUGGUGGUGGUGAUGGCUUCCACCCUGAGCCUGCUCUUGGUCUGUGGAGGUCUGGUAGCACACCAGCAGAAGUGGUGGGGCUUGUGGGGGACAAGACUGCCCGGAGCCGAGUUCUCUCUCAGCAAACUUCGAAUCUCAGCUAUCAGAACCGCCCCCAACCCCAACUACUGCCAGGUCGGGCUUUGUCCACGCCUGCCCUUGCCCCUCCCUCCAGGGCUUCUCGAGGUUCCCAGAGGCAAUAUCACUCUGCUCAGAGCACUGGGACACGGUGCCUUUGGUGAGGUCUACGAGGGGUUGGUGCUGGGCAUUGCUGAUGGCCCCAAUCCACUUCAGGUGGCUAUCAAGACCCUCCCUGAACUCUGCUCCCAACAGGAUGAGAUGGAUUUCCUGAUGGAAGCACUUAUCAUCAGUAAGUUCAGCCACCAGAACAUUGUGCGGUGUGUGGGGCUUAGCCUCCGGGCCCCCCCUCGGCUCAUCCUGCUGGAGCUGAUGGCCGGUGGGGAUAUGAAGAGCUUCCUGAGACACAGCCGGCCGCACCUGGGCCAGCCUUCCCCGCUGACCAUGCGAGAUCUGCUCCACCUUGCCCGGGAUGUGGCCCAGGGCUGCCAUUACCUGGAAGAAAACCACUUCAUCCACAGGGACAUUGCAGCCCGGAACUGCCUCCUGACCUGCGGUGGACCUGGCCGAGUGGCUAAGAUUGGCGACUUUGGGAUGGCUCGGGACAUCUACCGAGCAAGUUAUUAUCGAAAGGGAGGCCGGGCUAUGCUACCUGUCAAGUGGAUGCCCCCUGAGGCUUUCCUGGAGGGCAUUUUCACCUCUAAGACUGACUCCUGGUCUUUUGGGGUCCUGUUAUGGGAGAUCUUUUCCCUGGGCUACAUGCCUUACCCGGGUCGCACCAACCAGGAGGUGCUGGACUUUAUCAUUGGAGGAGGCAGGAUGGACCCGCCUCGGAGCUGCCCUGGCCCAGUGUACCGCAUCAUGACCCAGUGCUGGCAACAUCAGCCUGACCACCGGCCCAACUUUGCUAGUAUCCUGGAACGGCUCCACUAUUGUUCCCAGGACCCAGACGUGCUGAACACACCUCUACCAGUUGACCUAGGGCCAGCCCCAGAGGAAGAGGGGGCUUCUGUGCUGGGGAAUGGUCUCUCACACCCCCUGCUAGCUACAGGCCGGGUGAACGCUCCCCAGCCUCAGGAGCUGCGGGUUGACAACCUUGAGACUUGGGGAGUGAGUUCCUCUGGCCCCAAGCCCUCCAAGGCCAAGGGGCUCCAGCUGCUGGACAAGAGGCAGAGUCUGUGGAAUCCCACCUAUGGGUCCUGGGCCUCCCCCGGUUUUGAGGGUGAAGACUCGGGCAUUGAAGAGAACAGCACUUCCUCCCCCAGCCCUUCCCCCACUUUUCUUAGUAACCCGGCCCCCCUGAAGUCCAAUUCCCUCCUCCCUCUGACUCACCCCCUCCCAGCCUGUGAAGAUGGGAUAUGCUGUCUGUCAGGGUGGGAUCUAAAACGGGGUGUCUCUCAGGCUGAUGUGGAGGGACCUCGCUCUUCGGAAGCCACCACUGCCUUCUAAGGGCAUGAUUCCCUCCCUCCGGCCACCUCAACUUGACCCCGCUGCUGCGAGGAGUGUCCCACUCCUUCCCUCACAUGCAUCCUCACCCUGAUCAGCUCCCAAUCCCCACCAUGGCUCUGAAUUGGUGGCAGGCCUGGGACUCCUUUCCUUUUGCUGAUUACCCUCUGAACUUGUAUUUAUAAUGCUCUGGAAUAAAAAGCUGCCCCUGG